AUGAAAGCGGUCAGGGUGGCCGCUCUGUCUUCACCAACUUCAGGGAACUUGACGGGCCCUUCGGAGUUUGGCAUCAUCCCUGCUGGGGCCCCCUCACUUGGCCGCGACCCUACCGACCCGGACGUGUGGUACUACAAUGGCACUCCCGGUGCAUGCACCAUUGUCGCUCUAGACCACGUCCUCCCGACUUUCUACAACAAUCGAUCCAUCGAUCUGUACCUGGGCGGACCCAAUUUUGGACUGAAUGUGGGCCCAUUUUAUUACACGUUGAGUGGAACUAUAGGUGGCACAUAUACCGCUAUAGGACGAAACCUGCCGGGUAUCGCCUUCUCAGGCGGCAACUCCGAACAGCGCUCGUACACCUGGAUCAACAAGACCACUACAACCGGCCAUCCUGAUCCAGCGACCAUCCACGGCCAACUGGCGGUGGAUAUUGUCAACCAGCUGAUCAAGGGCACCAAACCAGGAGAGCGUCUGCUACCGCUUGGCUAUGGAAUCAAUGUCAACGCGCCAUUCAUCACCUCCCUAACCAAUGACUCUUGCGUGUCUCCGUCGUUUGUCCAGACUCGCUUUACGGGCGGCGCAUUCACGGAUAAGGUCGUGUACAACGCAACCUCGGGCACGUUCAACUACGGCAAUGAUCUCACUGGCGGAAUCAACACGUGCAUCAAUGGCAACUGCACCUUACCCGGCGAAACCGACGUCGUCGACGGCGGAUGCUCUGUCACCGUCUCAGUCUUCACGAUCGAUUAUGACGCCCCUCUAGGCCUUGCACAGGCCAAAGUUCGGGGAGCGCUGACACCACUGGUCGCUUUUGAGAAUCCCAGCGCCAAGGUGAGGAUCAGGUCCCGCGACGACUUGAGCAAGGAGGAGAGGGAAGCCAGACAUGCGCUACGCCAGGCAUAG